GUAUCAUUGCAACAUUGCACUUGGAAGUUGAUGUCACUCCAAUCAAAGGAAUAAUGGCUGCGCUUUCAGGUUCUGCAAUUAUUAAUGAAAUCCAUGCCCAUUCAAUCAUCCGUUGGAGCGCCGUGCUGGCUUGCAGUCCAAGAUCUUUGUAUCCCUUGACUUGGAAAGCUUCGCUUCUCCCCACUUUAAGCUGUAUAUGUGCAAUGUAUUAUUGUACGAAAAUAGAAUCCCAAGCGGCCAGCUGGAGACACGGGUCGGGUGCUGCUGAUCUUUUGCCUGGGGAAUCAUGGAUCUUCUUGCCAGCAAUAUUUCUGGGCUGAUUGUAGCUUACUUUUCUGAACAGGGGCGAGGCACACAUAGACAGAGAGAGAGAGAUAGAGAGAGAGAGAACUGUCGCAGCCAGGAUCUGUUGGCGGACCCCUUAUUAUUAUUACACAGUGCUCGGCGGCGACUUCACCCACCAGAACGUUAACGCCUUGGCAUCGAAGACGCUACGCUCACGUUCUCAUCCUUCCAACGAUGCCACGAUCUCACCCAAGCAAACACUAACGCUUGAUCCAAUUUAAAAAUCCACAUUCUAGACUUGGGAACUAAGCGAUUUUGCUCCCCUGCCGUAUUCGCGUAUUCCCCCCUCGAAUUAUCAUGGAAUUGGUACGGACCAGCAGCCACCGUGCUCAGUCCACAAAUCAUGAGAUGGAGGUUCGAACCAGUGGAUUCUUCGAAUCCGAGACACCGAACACAUGGCCGAGAGAUGGCUGCACUCCGCAGAGGAGAGAAGCCUUGGAAUUUGUCUUUCCCUGCUCCAAUAAUGCGAUGAAGAAAUCCCAGGGAAGACAAGAGCGCAUACCUUGUUUCCAGGAAGCCGGUUUUACUAUAGUGCUUUCUUUUUUAUGCCAAACUGACAGGAUAUUUUUACCCACCCCUGCUCCGGACUUCCGUAACUUACUCAGCCUCGGAAAACACUUCUGGAAACUCCACAAAACACCAACGAAUCAGGGAAACCUCAUCGUCGAUUCGGGUCGAUAUGCCGACUAAAGGAGCGACUAAAAUCCCUUGCAUUGAUUGGUCCAGCACAACAAUAACUCUGUUCGCAGGCCAACAAUUAUAAUUGCAAAGUUGCCCGUGAAGUCUGCAGGGCUGGUAUGAAAAUAAAUGCAAUUAUCGUGGUUGACUGCGAAUCUGCAUGAUUGACAGUUGCUAGCGUCGGUCUAUGAAAGCCUCAUGGAUUUCGCUGUACGGAGUAGUCUGCCACCUUUCGCUGGCAAAACAGCCGUCUGUCGUAAUUGGAGAGCUCCAGCUCCUGGUACAAGUCGUUGUCCUAGGGCAGAACCAGAAAAACCAGCACUCUUUCCUGGUUAAGCCUUUUGUGCGCAGGGGCGCUAAUGUGAAUCAAUAUUGAUGUUCUCAAUUUUGUCAUACCAUCACCAGGGAAUAUGGUGAAUCAUUGUUGGGCAGGAUCUAUCAUUAUUCUAUUAUUAUUCUGAUAAUUGGGACUUUGUACACAGUACGUACUCGCUUUGCUUGGUCACCGUUCAAGAAGGAUUUUGCGCUGAAGGCAUUAUUAUUUCCAGCUGGUACUUGGUCGUUCCCGGAAGCCAUGGCCACAAAAGUCAAACCCAGCCACGAGUGGAGUCUCCCACCAUACAGAGCCUCCAGAACAAGGGCAGCAUGGACAAGGACGCUAUCACCUAAGACAUGCAUGGGGUCGCUUCAUAGGAACUCAUAGCUGAGGUUCCUCGACUUCUUGAGCGGAAACCCACCUGAAUGGCAGACAUGACUAUUGAAAUAGUGAUGGAUUCCCCGGGAUAAAAUGUAGUUCUUUUUCUCUCUUUUUUUUCUUCUUCGGAUAAUUCUUUAACCCAGUCACUCGUUUAAUCCUUUCACUUCGACAUUGACACGCCUACGCAUACUCACAGACCAUGCGGUGGACACUACUGCUUCUAGGCGCCUCACUGGCCUCUGCGGCAGUGAAGGAUAUUUUUGCCGACCUGAGUCCAAACCUUCCCCUAUCGUCGUUCGGCAAAUUCCACACCAUCUCUCUCGAAGAUGUUAAGCAGGGAAAGGAUCUUAUCGGAAAACUGAUCCGCCCUGCACCAAAGCAAAAGCCCAAUGAGCCAACCUUCUCAACAUUUGGCGCAGCUUGCGUCGGCAGGACGGACAUGCGCCUUGAAUGGCGCCGCGCCUCACACAACGAUCGUAUGGCAUUUUUGAGGGCUGUAAGGUGCUUGAUGGACCGCCCACCGUCAGGUAGAUUCCAAUAUGCAAGAAAUCGCUACGAGGACUUUGCCCGCCUCCAUCAGCAAAAGCUCGAGCAGAUCCACGGCAAUGACCUGUUCCUUUUGUGGCACCGUUACUUCGUGUGGACUUUCGAGCAGGUUUUGAGGGAUGAGUGCGGCCUUGAUAGACCUAUGCCCUGGUGGGACGAGACUAGAGACGCUGGUCGAUUUGCCCAAGCACCAUUGUUCACCAACGAUUACUUUGGCUCUCUCCCAGGUCCUCGCAAUGGACAGGGCGUCUGCAUCACUGAUGGUAUUUUUGCUGGCCUCACUUGCAAUAUCGGCCCAGGCAUGUCCAACAGGCCCCACUGCCUCGCGCGUGCCGUUGACGAGAACCAGACACGGCAAUGCAACAAUGAUUUCGUCAUUGCGUGCAACCGACGAACCAACUACGCAGCCAUGCACAGCUGCGCUGAAACUGGUCCACACGCUUAUGGCCAUAACGGUAUUGGCAGCGUUAUGAUGGACGUCGCUGCCAGCCCUAGCGACCCUCUCUUCUUCAUGCACCACGCAUUUAUUGACAGAAAUUUCCGUGUCUGGCAAAACGAGGCACGUCCACGCUGGACGACAAUCAACGGCAACGACUACCGGGGUAGGCCACUGACGUUGGAUACUAUUAUCUCCAUGGAUGGCAUCCGACCCGAUGUUAGAAUCCGGCAAAUCCUGGACACCCUCGGUGGAGCGACCAUUGGUGGAGUACCCUUCUGCUACCGCUACGAUUAUUAGAGAUAGGUAAAUACAUAUAUCUUUGGCAUGGGCGAGUGUGGCUGAAUUUACCGCAACCAAUUUUCGCCGCGAUUUUACUCCUUCUCCUUGCACACAAUUUCUGUUUCGAUCCAACGUUCUGCCAUUGUUCACGAUGGAACUAUCUAUAUUUUCGGAUAAUUUUUAAUUUAAUUGCAUUUCCUGAAGGGCAGAGAAGUAAGAAUUCCUUGAGUCUAUAUCAACUGUUUAUCUUAUGUGACCUCGUUUCCCACCUCAACGUAGGAUCAUUUUGUAUCCAGUAACAUUUUCCUUCCGUCGAUAGUUGUUUCAUUUGCUUUUCUUUUCCUGGCUUGCCCCACCAGAGCGGUGGGAUGGCAUUUUAUCUGGACACCUGAACCUAUCGUUCCUGGGCUAAGCUAGUGAGUGACUUUGAAGGGAAACUGUGUCACACCAUAACAAUCCCAAGAGAGCGAACGUACCUGUGUUGUAGGCCGGCCAUUUCUGAAUGUCAAAGUCAUACCAAAAGAUGCGUAAGUCUCACUUAAAUUUUUUCAGGUGAUUGAUUGGUCUUCAAUUCAAAAUAGGUAGUAGAGGACGGCGCCGCGGGAAACCAAUGCGCAGCAGGUGAUAAAACGCCACGCUCUCCAAAACAAGCACAGAUAGUACUGGAUUUGCGCCUGUGUAAAGAAAGGUUUAAAAAGAAAAAAAGUAAAAAAGUAAAAAUAAAAAAAAAGAACCGAUGGUUUCAACAGCUGGCACAGAAUUGGCUGCAAUUGCAACAACCAGCUUCACCGUCUCAACAACAUACAUCACAUGCCAACGUAUCAACCGAACCAGGAGAAACAGUGGCGACUACUCGGAAGCAGCAAAGCGAGAAUUGUAUUCCGCCACGUGCGUUGAACGCUGAAGACGUCGGCGUGGGAACCAAUGCCGCAAAUGCGUGAGCCGGCAAAAGGGUUUUUUUUACUGCUACUGUCUAGAAUCCAGAAUAGUCGGAUAGAGAUCUCCCGGACAUCGAGCCGCAUGAGCGUUGGCCCAGUGCAUGAUAUCCAGGCCGUCCCUGUCCCACGGCCACAAGGGGUGUAUGUAUAUACAAUCUCCGCCAAUAGAUAUAGAUACAGAAGUUGAGCCGCCCUAUUCUUUCCUAGCCAAUCGUGAAACACGGCCAACUUGGUAAUAUGGUUGGCAAUGGCUAGAUGUGGCUGGCCCGCUCGUCGGCCCGCCACGACAUCUUGUUUCUCAACUCACCUCUCUCUCCCUGUAGUUAUGGAUCUUGGGAUGUGGAACAUCGUUUUCGGGCUUUUUUCUUUCUUUCUUUCGCUUUGAAGCCUCCUGACGGUGUGUACUGUGUUGUGUACGCGUGGCGAAAUACAAGCGUCAUGCAAAUGCCAUCCUAGGAGGGAAGUUCUAAUUUAUACACUAUUUAUGUAUGAUAGCUCGAGCGCGAUAGCCAAAAGACGAGCCUAGAUCUUCGGCCCGUCCUUGUUUCGAUUUAGUCGUCGUCCAUUUCUCAUGAGAAUACGGGAGUGAAGUACUUCGCACAAUUUCGUUCUCGCUGAUGUUUUACCCAGCUUCCUCGCGGUUCCUAUUGUGAAUGCCGCCAUAUCAGCUUCCAAGUUUCCAGCCCUUUCUUUCCCAUUUCGCGGACUAGCGCCCAGGACGGCAUCUCA